AUGGCGGGGGCGCUGCGAGGACCGCCUUAUACAAUCGAGCAGACUAUUUGGUACGUGGUGAAGAUGCAAUACAGGUUUCAAACAGACAGCAUGUACAAUCAGCUGGAGGACGUGUGUGUAAGCAUUUUGAAUUUGUCUUUGAUGGAAGUGCCACCUGGCAGCCCACUCCUAGGACCCGAAAUUUUACUCGCUUCUCUCGAUGAGUAUCAUUCGCGUUUGUUCGCGAAUUAUUACAAAUGGUGCGACUACUUGGGGGCUGAGCCUUUCCCCUGGAGGUCUCCCCCGUGGCUCGACGACAGCUUUUGUGCACAGGACACUUCCGUGGCAGCGGGCGAGGCUGCCGACAGCACAGGGAAUCCAACAGCGAAAAAUUGUUCCUCACAGAUGCGUCAAGAUAUCCAGCAGAUGAUGUUUGAGGUCGCCACGUUUAAGCUGCUUUGGGCAGAGGCGGCAAACCUUCGCCACACACCUGAGCUCCUGUGCUGGCUGUUUCACUGGCUUUGUAUGGCGUGGGAAAAGAAGUACAGACCUGAAGAGGAUUUCGUCGAUCUGAUCCGCGACGUUAUUCAACGAAUUCGGGAUGAACAAUGGUACAUGGCAUCCUCUCUGCGCACCCCUGACCACAAUGCACGACUGAUCUACGACGACUUCAACGAGUUGUUUUGGAGCCGCCAGUGCCUCGACAUCCUUCACCGAUUCACCAAAGAGACGGAGGCUUCUGCACAAGAAAUAGCACAGACAGUUCAAGUGAUACAUCCUUCAGCUGACACCGAGCCGUUUUCAGACCAUCAGCUUGCCUCAAAGCCAAUCCAAAAGCCACAACCCAAGAACUGUCCAAUGGGACUGUCCGUAUCCCGUGAAAGCUUGAACGCUGUAGUAGCUGAACUCUCCUCAGCGUCAAAGCCUGGAUCUGGAAUCAAAACUUUCGUAGAGCACAGAAGUUACGCACAAGUGAGGCUUACCCAGUGCUUUUGCAGGCCAGCCUAG